AUGACAGAACUGGUACCAGGGCAGGUCAUCCGCCUGGCCGAUGGCCGCAGUGCCGUCGUCCGCUUCGUCGGCGAGACGGCCUUCGCGCCCGGCGUCUGGGUCGGCGUCGAGCUGGACGACGGCUCGGGCAAGAAUGAUGGCAGCGUCCAGGGCGAGCGGUAUUUCGACUGUGACAUGGGCAACGGCAUGUUCGUGCGGCCCGCCGCCGUCGCUGUUGUUGCCCAGCCCCCGCCGAAACCAAAGCCUGCCGCAACAGCCACAAGGAAGACAAGCACCUCGAGGCCGAGCAGCAUGUUCACUUCGGGGUCGAGGACUGCGAGCACCUCUCUUGAUACUGGCGUGGGAAGGAGGAAGAGCCUGAAUGCCCCCAGCCCUAUCGCCUACCAAGUCCCCUACAAAGCAGCUCGGAACCGCCUCGUCAAGCGCGGCCACCUCCCGCACCGGCACCCCUGCGAAUGCACGAGGGACUACAACUACCAAAGCACGAGCCGCUUCAGCUACGACGAGAUCAUCUAUGGGCCCUCCCGCUGUUCCCGCAUCCCGAGCAAAGCCCGGCCCGAGGCCUCAAAACGAGGCUCUCCAGGCUCACAGUCCGGGGCGGAAAAGCGGAGCUCUAUCGACAGGGGUGCCGCGUCACAGAGGGCUAGCAGCGAUGAAGAUUCCCCGUCACAGCAGAGGAACCCAGCAUUAGAGAAUCUUAGUGGCUCAGCAGAGACUGACCCUGCAAGAAAGGUGUCGAGGCCCACGACACAGGCUCUUCAGGCCUCCAACCGGGAAAUUGAAGACUUGAAGGCAAAGCUGAGGGUCAUGGAAAGGAAACGCAUGGAAGAUCGAGACAAGCUCAAGAAUCUGGACAAGGUCCAGGGCGAACGGGACAAAUUUGAAGGGAUCAUACAGAAGCUUCAGGCCAAGUAUGCACCGCAGCAGCAGGAAAACACGGAACUUAGGAAGAUGCUCAAGGAAGCAGAAGAAAGGCUGAAUUCGGUCGAGACUAUGCAGGCUGAGCAUGAGACGACGCUAGAGCUGGCGACUCUGGAUCGUGAGAUGGCCGAGGAGACUGCCGAGGUGCUGAAGGCCGAAGUUGAGGCGUUGAAAGAAAAGGCCGAGGAGCUCGAGCUCGAACUCGACAUCCUGAGAGAGGAAAACUCCGAGUACACCAAGGGCAUGUCACCAGAAGAGAAGGCCAGCACAAACUGGAUACAGAUGGAGAGGAACAAUGAGCGAUUACGUGAUGCUCUCAUCCGCCUGCGGGAUAUCACGCAGCAGCAGGAAGAAGAGUUUCGGGACCAGAUCAAGAGUCUUGAAGAGGACGUCACGGAACUCGCCACUGUCAAAGAGCAGCACGAGGCCGCAAAGGGCAAACUCGCGCAAGCUGAGGCGAUGGUCGAGGAUCUUCGGCAACAGCUUGACACGGCCCUUGGCGCUGAAGACAUGAUUGAGGAUCUUACGGAGCGCAACAUGAGUCAGGCCGAGCAGCUUGAAGAACUCAAGGCCAUCAUCGACGACCUCGAAAAUCUCAAGGAAGUUAAUGACGAGCUUGAGAUCAACCAUGUUCAGAAUGAGAAGGAACUACAAGAGGAGAUCGACUUCAAAGACAGCGUCAUCACAGAGCAGGCGAGACGCGCUGCGGAACAGGAGACCAUGAUGGAGGAUAUGGAGUACACCCUCUCUAGGUUCCGCGAGCUCGUUACCAAUCUACAGAGCGACCUGCAAGACAUGAAGGCAUCGCAAGCUGUGUCGGACACGGAGUCAGAGAAGCUGAACAGCCGAUCGAGAGCCAUGGAGGACCUGACGAUGAGGCUGCAAAUCUCCGCCGAGAAGGCACAAGCAAAGACAAUUGACCUCGAGCUGCGGCGCUUGGAGGCCCAAGAAGCAGAGCAACAUCUGGAGAUAGUGAAGAUGUUCUUGCCCGACAGCUACCAGAGUGAUCGUGACUCUGUCCUGGCCCUCCUGCGAUUCAGGAGGCUGGCGUUCAAGGCGAACUUGCUGCACCAGUUCAUCCAGGAGAGAGUCAAGGGCCAUGCGCACCCUGGUCAUGAGGACGAUGUUCUGUCUGGCUGCGAUGCAAUGGACAAGCUCACGUGGGUGUCGUCGAUGUGCGAGAGGUUCGUCAACUCCAUCAGCCACUGCUCGCUUGAGCAGUUUGCCAAGUAUGCGGGUGCGCUGUAUGAGCUUGAGCCCGUGGAGAGAGCCUUGAACCAAUGGAUCGAGGGUCUGAAGAAGGACGAGCUGAAGGAGAAGCAAUGUGCAAGCGAGCUGCAACGCACCAUUGCCCUCAUGACGCAUCUUGGAGAAGUCCACAUCUCAAGCGACCUUGAGAGCUUUGCAGACGAUGUUUACAUGAAGACAUUGAUGAUGCAGAGCCACCUCGAAUCCGCUGCUACUACCUUUACCACGCUGCAAACUAUGGUGCAGCGCAUUAUUCCUUCGGCGAGCGAGGAGGAUGAAGUCGCACAAUAUUUUAUCAGGAAGGCAGAUGCUGUCGUCACACAGACUCGCAGCACCAAGGUCAUCUCGGGUAGAACUGUUAAGGCGCUUGAGGACUUGAGGUUGCGGUCCCUCGCGUUGCCGCAUGAGACUCAGGAAGUCUUCCAGCGAUGUGAAGAGGUGUCACAAGAAAUCGCAGAACUUGCCCGCCGAAUUGGACUAGACCUUCAUCAGCUGUUGCACGAGGAGGGCCGAACAGAGCCAUACACAUGGCUGGAGGUGCAGGACCGCGUGCGAAAGACCGUCUUUGCGGUGGCAAGCUCGGACGAGUCCGAUCUCUUCGCGACAUACCUGAACAAGCUCCGCACACUCACCAGCGAGAUCAGCGACCUCUCGCAGCUUGCAUCGGACUUCACGCAGACCCAGGAGUUCGAGCGCAGUCCGGCGCCCUGGAUCCUACGCUCUCAGGAACUUCGAGCGGUCAAAACCGUCCCUGUCGACGCCGAAGAGGAGCUCCGACACCUCAAAGAGGAAUACAAUGAGGCCCGCCGCGCCAUCGCGCAGCGUGAGGAGAGCCUCAGCACGGCGACGCUCAAGAUCGAGACCCUGGAGUCGCGCAUGCGUGACGCGACCGCCAAGGCGAACAGGAUCACGGACCUGGAGCUCCAGAUCGAGAAGUCAGGUGGCAACGUCGCAUCGCUGAAGGAGGACAUCGAGAAGCAGGACCGCGAGCUGAAGACGCUCGAGGCAGACAGGGACAAGUGGAAGAAGAUCGCGGGCGACUCGCGCGCGUUCAGCGAGGCAGCGGCUGGCACGAAGGCAGGCAAGGAGAUGGCGGUCGCGACGGCACGCGAGAUGGACACGCUCAAGGAGGAGAUCACCAGCCUGCAGUCGGCGGUGAGGUACCUCCGGGAGGACAACAGGCGGGCGAGGCUCACGGAGCAGGGCGGGCACGACUGGCUGUCCGAGCCGGUGAAGAGGCCGGCGCCGGUGCACGAGCAGCGCAGGAAGCUGGUGGUGGCGGAGGGCAGGGACGUGCUGGGCGAGCUGGUCCGGAUGGCCACCGAGGCCAAGGUGUACGACCUGGGCAAGCUGCCUGCGGACAAGCUGGCGUGGAAGAGCGCGAAGAGCACGCCGCAGUACCACGCCGCCAAGCAAAUGGAGGACCUCGCAGCCUGGCAGAGCUGGCGCGACAGCGUCGCCCGCAAGGGUCAGGUCCUGUCCGGCCAGCAGCAGCACUCGCAGCAGCGCCGGGACAAGGAUGGGGUGUCCCUCAGGAAGGCGAGGAACGCCGCGGCCGCGAGGCUGCACAUCCGCCUGCCGGACGGCCAGGGGAAGGUGGCGCCUGGUGGCGGCGGGGUCCACGACGUGCGCAUUGUGGGCUCGAGGGAGUGGGAUGGCCUGCAGGGUCGGUUGGCUGCGAUCUAG